ACCAUUGGACGAGUGACUCACUUUUUCUACAACGGCUAAUGUCAUUCGUUCUCCUCAUUGUCAAUCAAGAACAUCACAAUAGGCUGCCUCCUUUUCAGUUUUUUUUUUUGUAUUCUGUCUUAAUGGGGCCUUUGAGCCUUAUAACAUAGGAACAAAAGCAAUUGUUCAUGGCUCGAAAAAAAUAAGGAAUCGUUUUGGCGUGCAGAAACGGCAAAGGUGGAGGAGGAAUCUGUAAGCUUCAACGGCAUCCGCGAGUAGUUCGGUGGGCUGCCUGUGCUGCUUUGCUAAACCAGCUAGCCGCUGAAACAGACUAAAAGCAGCUUUUAUUGUAAGUUUCUGUCGGAUAACACUUCAGAGACUGUGGAGAAUCGGUCGCGUUUACCUUUAGAGGUAACUACAUAGGUUUUGGUGUGUGUUGUGGCUGGGACAUCCGCCAGUACACUCUCUGAUCCAGCUGUAUCUCCCUGCAGAUCUGAUGCUGUCAAGCCCAGAGCUCCAUGCAUGAUGUGUUCCUGCUGUGACAGAGGCGGCAUCUCAGCCAUCACUCCUCCACCUUGGGCAGGGUUCAUUAUUGUCUCAUCCUGAGCCCUGUCCUUUGCAGUAAUGACUGACAAGAGAAACCCACCGUUUUUCAAUGAUGACAAUGUAGGCGUGGUGCACUACAAGCUGCCCUUCAGCGAGACCAUGGAGCUGUUCAUUGAGACUUUGACAGGGACCUGCUUCCAGUUACGUGUCUCUCCGUUUGAACAGGUUGUCUCUGUCAAGGCCAAGAUUCAAAGAUUGGAGGGCAUCCCGGUCUCUCAGCAGCAUUUGAUUUGGAAUGGAAUGGAGCUUGAAGACGAGUACUGCUUACAUGAUUACAGCAUCACAGAGGGCUGCACUCUCAAGCUGGUGCUUGCCAUGAGGGGAGGGCCUGUAAACACCAGACGAGUGACAGUGACAGAUGACUCAGUGAGGGAUAUCGCUGACUGCCUUGAUGCAGGGAGAGAGGAGAUGUGGGAAAAGUCUCUGCCUAAUAAACAGGUCACCUUCCUGGUGUACCGUGAGGGAGAUCAGCUCAAUUUCUUCCGAGUGGUGGAUAGAGGAGAUGGAACGCUCACACCUGUGUCUGAAACAUUGAGCGGUGCCACAGUACAUAAUGUGUACACGGAGGAGGGGGAAGAAUCAGAGAGUGCAUCUUCAGAACAGCAGACGUUGGAGAACUCCAUCACAAUGAGCAAGAUGAAACUGCUUAAGGCCAAGAUGGAGAAUAUGAACCUUAACAAAAAGCCCAAGAAGACUGCUAAAUUAAAAGUCAGACCUCCAGUGGGUCCGCGGCCCUGCAGUGGUUCGCUCGGUUCUGCCCGACACCACCGAAUGUUUCGUGUCCUUCCUCAGAUAGGCCACGCCUCGUCAACACAUCUACCUCCGAUCGGAGAUCAGCAGCAACCUGCAGUUUCAUCCCCUGCUGCUGGCACCUCCCGCCAACCAUUCACAUCUCUCUCAAGUCCCACUUCCUCAAGCCGCGCUCAUUCUUCCUCUGCAGCUUCGGGCAUAUAUAUGCUGCAGGCUGAGGAACCAUGGGAUAAUCCAGUGCCCAGGAAGAUCAGACUCCCUCCCAAAGUGUCCAGACUGGAUAUGAGAGGGCCUAAAGUCAUGCGAGACUGUGUGUACCCACCUGUAUCUCUUCUGUCCAGCCCUGGAGUUCAGGAUGAGGUCGAUCUCCAGAGCGACAGACUUACGGUAACCGAGAACUCUGCUGUGAUGGAGCCGCCCAAAGCUGUUCCCUUCAAUCUUCCUGAGCCCCUCAGUCUGGAUGUAUCCGCUCAGAGAGAGCAAGGUCUGAACUCUAUAACUGUGCCGGAACCCAAUACUGCAGCUCCUCUUCUUUCCCAAGCCAUCAACUCAAACUGGAGGCUGGCAUCCCAACCUGACCUGCACCUUGCCGGUGACCCCCUCACUCUUCCUCACAUACCGCAGCACUUUGAGUUUACUGGUUCUGCCAUGCAGCCAAGUCCAGCCCACGCUCUCCUCAGAACCAGCAACAGUCCGUCGCUUCCGGUCGGCUCCCCGUCACGGACCACAUCUGUAUGUGGGCUCAAAGUCGACAAGCGCUCAGAGGUGAUUUCCAAAAGCGAGGCCAGAGAUAUUACAAAGAUGGCCAAUAAAGCGACUAAAGAGCCAUUGGGCUCGGUGAGCAACGCAGAGCUUCUGGCCUCCCUGGCGGGCGGCGGAGGUCAAGAGUCCUUGGCCGGACCUUAUUCUUUGGGCAGGUUAUGUGCUACAGCCGCCCCCCUGCCGACCAACAUCCAUCUGUUGCAGGAAGACCUGCUGAGGAGGAUCUCCCCCCUACAGAGAACAGCUGGGUACACGCCGUCAAGCUCAUCAAGCGGCCACUCCAGUUCAAUAAAGAGACUAGGCACUCCAACACAUCACUUGCCCCCUGUGAAGGCUCCCACUGGAACAAAGAAAAAGAGUUCAAAGCACUGCUUCCUGUGUGGGAAGAAGACUGGUUUAGCCACCAGCUAUGAAUGCAGGUGUGGCAACAUCUUCUGUUCAAUGCACCGCUACUCAGAGACCCACGACUGCACCUAUGACUACAAAAGCGCAGGUCGACGCUUUCUACAGGAGACCAACCCCAUCAUAAGUGCACCAAAGCUGCCCAAAAUAUGAAGGCACUGCAUGGGUGAGAGAAAAAGAGACAUGAUAUCCAUCAACUAUUAAAAGAGUGAAAAACCUUGAUCACCAAUCUGUGCUUUUAUCACCAUGUUUGCUUAAAAAUAUAGUAGUAAAAAAAAAGAAGGGAAAAACAGUGCUCACACAUUAGCUGUUGCCUUGGAAAACACACCUAUGUUUGCCGUCUAUAAAUUAGUUCCUGCAACAAAAUACAAAACCCUGCAUGUAAAUAGUUUCUAAAAACAUUUCUAUCAUACGAACAAACUUUUAAGAAUAAGUAAAAUACUUUUAAAUAAGCAAAAUACACAACUACAUAUAUCUAUUUACAUAUGGUUUUCUGUGUGUUUCGUUUUUUGAAAUAGAACCAACAAUCACUUUUCAUGACAAGUCUUGCAGAGAUGCACUUUAGUAAUGCUGAAUAUCUCUUGUGGAGAUUGGGUUCUGUAUCGGGGUGGGGGGCGACGGUGUGCUUGAACUAUGUGCCGUUUGUUUUUUGUAAGUUUCCUAUUAGAACUUUCUUAUAUUUCGGACUCAUUACUCCUCUGUCUAGUAGCACUCACUUCUUAUCAUGGAAAAUGCCAAGCACUGUAUACUCGUGUUAUAAAAAGACUGUUUACCCUUGAUUCACUUUGAAUAUGAAAUAUAUAGGCUCUAUCAGCCGUACACACUACACUAUGCAGUUUGACCAUGUAGCAUUCUAAAACAACUUUAUAAGGGCUUGGCAUGAUAAGAUGUGAACAAUUGACUGGUUGCCAUGACGAACAAUCCUUUUUGUACCUUAGUAAUUGAAAAGCUGCUCAGAAGGCAGCUGUUGUUAUUUGCAUUUUUCUGUAAUUGUCAGGUGAUGAGCCUAAUAAAAUAUCCUUGUGUUUCCUUUGA